AUGUCGUUUAUGAGAGGAGGAAGCGAAUGCUCUACGGGCAGAAACCCCCUGAGCCAGUUCACCAAACACACCGCUGAGGACCGAUCCCUCCAGCAUGAUCGGGUGGCGGGUCCCUCUGGGGGCCGAGUUGGAGGCAUGCGAUCCAACACUGGCGAGAUGUCACAGCAGGACCGAGAGAUGAUGGCGCGAUUCGGUGCUGCCGGACCCGAGCAGUCGUCUUUCAACUACGAGCAGAUGCGACAUGAGCUCCACAACAUGGGUGCCCAAGGAGGCCAGAUUCCCCAGGUUCCCAGCCAGCAGGGCGCUGCUAACGGAGGACAGUGGGCCCGAGACUUUGGAGGACAACAGACCGCUCCCGGCGCUGCUCCCCAGGACGCCAAGAACUGGAACGCCGAGUUCCAGCGAGGAGGAUCUCCUGCAGAGGCCAUGCAACAGCAGGGUCCCGGCCCCAUGCAAGGCGGCAUGGGUAUGGGGGGAAUGCCCAUGUACGGCAUGGCUCGUCCCAUGUACUCUGGAAUGAGUGCCAACAUGGCUCCUCAGUUCCAGCCCCAGCAGGCUAACGCACGAGUUGUCGAGCUGGACGAGCAGAACUGGGAGGAGCAGUUCAAGCAGAUGGACUCUGCCGUUGGCAAGGGUAAGGAGGUCGAGGAGCAGACUGCCGAGACUGCUACUGCCACCGAGACUGUCACCGAGACUGAAACCACUACUGAGGACAAGCCCAUGGAUAUCAAGAACAUGGACUUUGAAAACAUCUGGAAGAACCUCCAGGUCAACGUUCUCGACAACAUGGACGAGUGGCUGGAGGAGACCAACUCGCCCGCGUGGGAGCGAGACUUCCAUGAGUAUACCCACAACCGGCCUGAGUUUGCCGACUACCAGUUCGAGGAGAACAACCAGUUCAUGGAGCACCCUGAUCCCUUCAAGAUUGGAGUCGAGCUCAUGGAGACUGGCGGUCGACUUUCGGAGGCUGCUCUGGCCUUCGAGGCAGCUGUUCAGAAGAACACUGAGCACGCCGAGGCUUGGGGACGACUUGGAGCCUGCCAGGCCCAGAAUGAAAAGGAGGACCCUGCUAUCCGAGCUCUGGAACGAUGCAUCAAGCUGGAGCCUGGUAACCUUUCUGCUCUGAUGAACUUGUCUGUUUCUUACACCAACGAAGGAUACGAGAAUGCCGCAUAUGCUACUCUGGAGCGAUGGCUUGCCACCAAGUACCCCGAGGUUGUGGACCAGGCCCGAAACCAGGAGCCUCGACUCGGCAACGAGGAUAAGUUCCAGCUGCACUCUCGGGUCACUGAGCUGUUUAUCCGAGCUGCCCAACUGUCCCCUGACGGAGCUAACAUUGACGCUGAUGUCCAAGUUGGUCUCGGUGUUCUGUUCUACGGAAACGAGGAAUACGAUAAGGCCAUUGACUGUUUCAACGCCGCCAUUGCUGUUCGACCCGAUGAUGCUCUUCUGUGGAAUAGACUCGGAGCCACCCUUGCCAACUCCCACCGAUCUGAGGAGGCCAUUGAUGCUUACUACAAAGCUCUCGAGCUGCGUCCCUCUUUUGUGCGUGCUCGAUACAACCUUGGUGUGUCGUGCAUUAACAUUGGCUGCUACAAGGAGGCUGCCCAGUAUCUUCUGGGGGCUCUGUCCAUGCACAAGGUUGAGGGAGUCCAGGAUGAUGUUUUGGCCAACCAGUCCACUAACCUGUACGAUACCCUGAAGCGAGUUUUCCUGGGUAUGGACCGACGAGAUCUGGUGGCCAAGGUUGGAAACGGAAUGGACGUCAACCAGUUCCGAAAUGAGUUUGAAUUUUAG